UUGUGGUUCUACGUGAGCAGCGCAGCCGAGAGAAAGAGGCCCUCGCGAGACUUGAGAAGUCCAAAGGUUUUCCACUAUAGCCUCCACUCAAAACAAACAGCGGCCGGAAAAGUUGGUUUUAAUCUCAGAAAUGUUCUUAUUUCUUCCGGGAUGAAGGGAUGACGGUGAUGGCAGACAGCUGAUGAGAGCAGGAUGAAGCUGAGGGUGAAUCGCAGCCAGCUGCUGUUUCUGUCCAGAGAAGAAACAUCCGGAAACUUCCAGAAAGAAGGAACGCUGCGAGUUGGACGACACGAGAGCGGUCUCUCUGAAAGGUUCUGUCGGCUGAGAGGAAACCUGCUGUUCAUCCUGAAGAAACGGGGUGGUAAGCUGGAGGAGGUGCUGCUGUUGGAGAGAUGUGAAGUGAUGAAGCUGCCAGAUGCUGACAGACGUCUGGCUCUCAUGUUUGUUAGCGGGGACCCUGCCGUGCUCCUGGAGUCGAGCAGCUCUGCAGAGUGUGUGUCGUGGCUCGUCGUCCUGAAAGACGCCAACAUGGACGCACUGCAGCAACGCAUCGCACACCUCCACACGCUCAUCAACACACAUGCCACCCGGCACACACACACUGCGGCAGAGGACGACCUGGGAGAUGCUGGAGAUGCAGGUGGAGUCGAACCUGCUGCUGCAGUCUCUCCACUGCACCUGAGACUCGAGUGUCGAGGUGUGGUUGCCAUGGCAGCCAGCAGAGUCAAGGUUCGAGUGUGUGUGAUCGACACACACACACACACAGUUAGGAAGUACUGCUGGUGCCAGAUAGUGGAGGGACCGGAUGACAGUGUGCUCCUUACAUCAGUGUGUUUCCGUGGCGACUACCCUCUCUACCAUCACAGCAGGAUCAAAGUCACCGUUUACCACGAAGAGGAGCCGACAACAGACACCACAAGGAGCUUUCUGGGUUUGACCUCCUUCAACAUCAGAGAUGUGCUCAGAUCCAAGGAGCCUCACAUCUCCCUGAGUCUCAGGACGAUGGAUGGAGUGAACGAGGUCGGGGAGGUGAAGGUGUCCCGUCUGCAGAUGGAGGGAGAAACUCCUCCUGAACACAAGUGUCCUGCCCUGUGUGACAGUCUCCACAGCUCCGUCCACGACAAAGAAAACAGUCCAAUGAUGAGAGCUGUGCUGUGUGCUCAGGUGUGUAAGGUGUACAGGUUUCAGACAGAGGAUCAAAGAUGGCUGCUGGUCCGGGAACAGAUGUCUGAGACGCCGCUGUCUUUCUCUUUACCCAAACAGCUGCUGAGCACGCUCCUACGCAGCCACACCAGCAGGGUCCAGGAAGUGAUGGAGCUCGGUGACCUUUCACCCCACUGGGAUGGGCUCCGCUAUGAUGUCAUCGGCCACUGUAACCAGCUGAUUGGCUGUUAUCAGGAAACGCUCGCUGAGGUCGACAAACUCUCAGCGGCGUCCAGUUUUAAGUCGAGCUGCAGUAAAUCGGACAAACGGCUUCAGUUUGUCCCGACGAACCUGCACGCUCAGAGGAUGGAGGUCACUGAUCCCGACGGCUCGGGUGUUUGGUAUGAAGUCAUAACAGUCGGGGCUCCAGCUGAUCACCACCAGGCCUUCAAACACGGAGGACUGAAGAGGCUCCUCAGCAAACACACAAACACAGGCGACAGCUCCGUGUCUUACUCCCAGGACGAGAGCUGCAGAGCGAGGGAGCUGCUGGCCAGCGUGGCCCAGCUGCAGCCUCUCGUCUUCGGGCUCGCUGAGGAGCUGCUGUCCGUGUCUGUGGAGCAGAGCGCGGCGCGGCUGCAGCAGGUGCUGGACGGCCUGACUCAGCAGACGGAGCAGUUUGUUCACGCUCUCAAAGACGAGCUGGUGAAAAGCGCCCUGCUGGCGAUCCACGCCCAGUCCAACAGCAGCCACGUCCACAGCAACGGGUUGCUAUGUGACAACACGCCGGCCAAUCAGGAGGGGCGGACAUCGUCGGGGCAACAGGACGCCAGCCGACGGGAGGCGGAGUACGACGAGGAGGAAUGGGACAGGGCGUGGGCGAACGUCGCCAUGAGCCUCAACUGCAUCAUCGCCAUGGGCGACCGGCUGCUGGGGCGGGAGGAAGUGACAUCACCAGAGCAACAGGAAGCGACCGGGGACACAAACUCUCAGAACACCGCUUCCUCCUCCGCGUCCUCCUGGCAGGAGCAGCUGCUCCCCCUGGUGGUCACGCUCAGGGACUGCGUGCGCGAGGCGGUGGGGAAGGCCCGAGCCGCCAUGACCUUCGUAGUCCUGCAGGAGGCGGUGGCCACGACCGUCGCCCAGGGACCUGCACACCUCGUGCAGAGACGCCACGCCGUCUUCAGCCAAGCGCUCUCAGCAUUAGUGUGUGGUUUCAUGCUGAAGCUGUUCGGAGGUCUGGAGGAUCCUGACUUCCUGCAGCAGCUUCACUCUGUCGGACUUCUGGUUCAGUUUGAAGGCCUGCUCAGCACCUACGGUGACGAGGUGGGGAUGCUGGAGGACAUGGAGGUGGGUGUGUCAGACCUGAGCGGAGUUACGUUCUCAGUCACUGAAGCUACAACAGAAGAACCGGACGAGCUGCUGCCGACGCUCAGGGGAGCAUGGGGCAGUUUGGUCGUCCAGGUCCCGCUGCCCCCUGAGACGUUCGGGUCGAUGCCGCAGGAAGUGAAAGACGGACGUUUGAUACGAGUUCAUCCCGUCCUCUUUAACAUCGGAAUCAACCAGCAGCAGAGUCUGGCUGAGAGGUUUGGCGACAGCUCCCUGCAGGAGCGAGUGAACCAGCAGAGCUGCGAGCGUCUGAGAGCGUACUGUGACACGCUGAGAGACAGGCGCCCUCAGACGGCUGGGAUCCAGUCUCUCUGCGACUUGUUGUCGUCUCUGGAUCGCAGCGUAGAAACCAGGAAGAGGAAGAACGUGGAGCUGCUGUGGAUCGCUGCUACGGUGUGCCGUAAGGUGCGCGGCGUGCGUCUGACGAGCUGUAAGAGUGCGAAGGACCGCACGGCGAUGUCGGUGACGCUGGAGCAGUGUGUGUUACUGAGAGAGCGACACACACUCGGCCUGCAGCACUUCAGCACCGCGCUCGACUGCAUGAGGAGGUGUGUUUUUAAAACACACACACACACACACACACACACACACACACACACACACACACACACACACACACACACACACACCUGAUUGUCUCCUGACUCUGAACAUCGACGGCUCUGCGAGUUCUUCAGACGCAACAAGCCUCCAAAAUAAGAACAAACCGGACAUAAUUAUGGGAUUCGUAAGAACUUCCUUUUACUCUCAGAAACCAGGAAGUGCUUUUAAGUUUCUUCGUCCUUCGCUUCAUCGUUCAGUCACCGAGUAUUUAACAAACACGUGAGCUGGUGCAGAUCUGCUGUAACAUAACGAUGGAUGAACGCCUGGUCGUCAGCGUGAAUCAUGUUUCACUUAAAGUCACGUCCUUUGUGGCGUACGCUUUAUUCUCAAGGCCUUCACCGAGUAUCAUGUUUUAUUUUCACACAUGCACUGUCGACCUCUUUUAAUGUGACGUCUGCUGCACAGAGCUGAAGUGAAGCGUCUCGUCGAGGAGACCGAGGCUGCUGUGGCACGUUGGGCCGGAACACGUGUCUGAGCUCGCCGGUCCCUUUGAAUCCACGUUUUACAGUUUCUAUUCAACAUUUUAUAGAAAAACGGUCAAACUCACGUCGGCUCUAGUUUAGAAGAAUCAGUUACAUGAAUACUGCAGGACGUUAAGUGUUGCUGCGCUUCCUUCUCGACUUCACGCUGUAACGAGUAAACGUGCAGUAAGUACAGAACUGUUGCCGCCUCUACAACCUUUUUAUUUGGUUAAAAUUAUUCGUGCCACUAAAUAUGACGACCAAAUUCAACCCGUUUACUUUCAGAGACGAGAACUUGUGACUCUUAAAUACGACAUCUUGUAAUUAUGAGAUCAAUCCUGACGAGUUAUUUUCUAUACGUGUUAAAAUGGGACCUCGUGUCACAGCCAGUAAUGACGUCUGAUUGGUUCUUUGUUUUCCUGCUCCCGCCUCUCCUCGCAGCCCAUUGGCUGUUUCCCCCGGCUGCCGUGUUUUGAUUGGUUGCGCAGCCUCUUCUGUUGAUGCACUUUAAUUCUGUUUCUCUGGAAGGUUCUGGAAAAGCGACGUUGUACUUCCUCCCGUCAUUUAGAUCUUCCUUCUCUUAAGACUUCUUUGUUUUCGGGAUUGUUUUGUGCGAUGAUGUUAAAAAUAGGAUCGAGAACCGAUCUGGAAAAUGUUUCCUGGUCCUUUUUUAAAAUGUAUUUGUAGUCCGACGCCAUUUGUUUUGCCAUAUAUUGUUAUUUGUGUUGUAGUUUCUGCCCCUGAGCUGGAAAUAUACAUUUAAUCUCACAUUUCUUACAACUGGCCAUGAAAGCAAAGUGUUUAAACCGUCGUCUGAAGAACUUAAAAUUCUGACGCAAAACUUAUUUUAAGUGGAUUUGAAUCAAACUUCUGUUUAAAUUAGUUGCAGUUCCUUCCGGAGAGACGGUGAAAGUCGCCGCUAACGCGCCUGCGGCGUGACAACAGGGUGUGAGACGGUGUCACAGAGCGUCUGUUGUCCUGUGCACGCUCACACAACGUCCCUACACACACACACACACGUGUAAAUACGAGGCGGCGUGACGCCAUGUUGUUUUCUGUGUUUCAGUUGUUGCACGUGUUCUGAUUCAGGACAGAAUUUAAAUAAAGUUUUAAUGCAA